AUGUCGUUUUUUGGAUUCGGCAAGAAGGACAAGAAGCUUGCCGAACUCAAAGAGAUAUUUAAACAGCUUGCAAAGGCAGAAAAAAGUCAGUAUGAAGAUUAUUUUCAAAAAAUGAUGCCAUAUAUCCCUGAAUAUACUUGUACAAUCUUAAAUGAAUGUUUAAGUAAAAUGAAUCAAGUUUUAGCAACUGGAUAUUCAAAUGUAGUUAUCGAAAUGAUCUACGUAAUGAGUAAUAACGUCGAUAGAUCCAAGCCAGAACAAAAUCCAUUUAAAAUUUUUCAAACAGACAAUUUCAUUCUUCCAUCUCUAUUCCAAUAUGUCGAUAAAGAUAAAACACAGCUAAUUAAGUUAUUAAAAAUCCUUUUUUUAGAACUUACAAAUAAAUUUAUCGAUUACAUCGACGGAAAUGGCGAAUCAGUUAUGCGCCUCGUCAAAUUAGUUACAGAAUCGCAAGAUAAGUUAUCAAUUGAAUUUCUUUUGAUGUGUGUCAACUCAAAAGAAGAACUUAAAGAAAAAUACCAAACAAUCAUCUUUAACGAAUUACCUUUGUGGACUCCAACAUGUGUUAUCAACGUUCUCGUUGGAUAUCCUCAAAUGUUUUCACAUAUUUUAACAGAUGAAAUUGAUCGAUGGUUGAAGAAGAAAUAUCAAUUCCUUGUUGAUGAUGUUGAGCAACUACUUAAAAUUCACCAAUUUCUUUGGACUUCUCCAUCAAUUUUGCAAAUUUUAGUUAGAACAACUCCAGAAAUUAAAGCAGCAUCUGUAAAUUUCAUUCACAGACAAAAUAUUCAGUCAUUCGACAUUCCAAAUGACAUUGUUGAAGAAUGUUGUGAAUCAAUUCUUAAUCCACUUCAAAAAUUCGAAGUUACGUCUGAAGGAGACUCAAAAGUAACAUACUAUUUCAUCAGAUUUUAUGUUCUUUCCCUUUCAGGUCCAGAUGACGUUCCUUUAGAAAUUAUUGAUUUAAUUGCGAAAUCUCUUACAGAUAAAAGCGAUUAUCUUGUUGCAGCAGCUGCACAAGUUAUUACCUGCUGGGUUCUUAAUUUCGAAUACAAUUUGUCAAGAAAAUUUUUCUAUUUAAUGACCGCGGCAGCUGUAAAUAGAGACCUGGAAAACCCUUGUCGACUUCUUUUGCAAGGAAUUCUAUCUAUUUUUGCUGAAAAAGAUGAAUUUAUUUCUAGAAUUUUAAUGGCUGAGCCAAACUUUCAAAGUAGGGUCGAUAAACCUCUAAAAGUUGUUAGAGAAUCUUUUGUAUUCCCACAUUUUGUCCCAAUCUUUAAAUCUCAAAUAGAAAAAGAGAAAAAAGAACCUUACUUCGUUAACCUUGACCUGGCAACUACCAUGCUUGAAGAUGCAGUUAGUAUGUUAGAACUUUAA